AUGAUCAAAGCUAAGCAGUUUGUCGAGUUUGGCAAGAAAAUUGUUGCAAUCGGGAAAAACUAUGAGGCUCACGUACGCGAAAUGGGCGCUGCGUCCGCUCCAAAAGACCCUGUGCUCUUUCUUAAACCUACGACAAGCUACGUAUGCAAUGGUAGCAGUGUGUUGCUUCCUCCAGGAAUUGGCGAAGUGCACCAUGAAGUCGAACUUGGCGUGAUCAUCGGCAAGGGUGGAAAGGAUAUCACUGAGAAUUCUAGUAUGGAUCACGUCGCCGGCUAUGCCUUGGCAGUCGACAUGACGGCACGUGAUUUACAGGCCAAGGCAAAAAAAGCAGGACUACCGUGGACGCAUGCCAAGGGUUUCGACACCUUCACGCCGAUCAGCAAUUUUAUUCCAAAAUCGGCUGUGCCGUCGCCUCAGGAUCUUAACAUCUGGCUCAUGGUGGACGAUGAGUUGCGACAAAAAGGCAACACUGGUGAUAUGAUACACAGCAUCCCAUUUUUAAUUUCUUACGUGAGCCGCAUUAUGAUGCUGGAAGAAGGGGACCUGCUCAUUACUGGCACCCCGGAAGGAGUUGGACCAGUAUCAGCCGGGAGCGUUAUUACUGCAGGUAUUACUGGACUUGUUGAUGUGCGCUUCCGAGUAGAAUCUCGCGUUUAUAAGGCGUAG